GCGGGGCGGAGCCGGGCAGGCGGGCCCUGAGGGGAAGCGCUGCAGCCCGGGCGGGAGAGCCGGAGCCGAGCGGCGCGGGACGCAGCGUGCAGCCUCAGCCGGCAGGUCUUUGUUGGAAAAACACAGAAAUGUCUAAAAUUACUCAACUAAUGAAAAAUGAGGUCUUCCUGGCUUAUUCCACCUAUACAGCCAUUGUCCUUUUAAAAAUGAUGCUAAUGAGUCUUAUAACAAGUUUCUUCAGACUAACAAGAAAGGCAUUUUCUAAUCCAGAGGAUAUAACUACAUUUGGUAAUUAUGAGACUGCUAAAAAGUACUUGCGGACUGACCCAGAAGUUGAACGUGUGCGCAGAGGCCACUUGAAUGAUCUUGAGAAUAUUGUCCCGUUUAUUGGCAUUGGUCUGCUGUACGCCCUGAGUGGUCCUGAUCUGUCCACAGCCUUGCUGCACUUCAGGAUCUUCGUCGGAGCAAGACUUUUUCAUACAAUUGCAUAUUUGACACCACUCCCCCAGCCCAGCAGAGGUUUGUCUUGGCUUCUUGGAUUUGUGGUCACCAUUUCCAUGGCAUACAGGGUACUGACGACUGGCUUGUACCUGUAAUGAAAACACUUAGUCUCUUUGUACUGUUUAGCAUUCCACAUAACAUUUCCAGCAUUAUGUUAGAUUUAACAGCACCCUUCUUGCAUGGAGAUAUCUCAUUUUUGCUACAGUUUUUACAUGGUGGGCAAACUGCAUUUUUUUUAAACAAAGAGGUUCUUCAUUCCUGUUGAAAUAUUUUUUAAGCAAAAUUUCCCUUCUGCUGUCCUCCCUAUUCACAGGCUGCUUAGCCAACAUGUUAGAUUGAAUGGUCUCUCUGUGAUUUGUUGAAGACUUAUGAUUCUGAACAUAUGACAACAGUAUAUUAAUGGCGUGUGUGGUAAUUUUCUACUCAUUCACUAUUUUGGCUGUAGCUCUGAAGCCUAAAUCAGUAAAGACAAGAGAAAAAAAAUAA